GUUUGUGGUAGCCGUGUCGUUCAAUCAGUAAUUUUUUUUAUAUGUCAAACAAUGAACGGAUUUUCUAAAUAUUAGUUUCAUCCUCAUACGAGGGACACAGAUGGGCUUAUAAACAUGUAGUCAUAAUAAGCAGUGAGCGCUAAAGAAAUCAUUGAAGAACAUACUACGUGAAAGCUCUCAAAUGUUUACAGGCAACUUUGUUUGUGACAUAAAUGAUAGUACAUAUAAAGCUGACGAAGAAGCUUCCAUAUUACAGAGAACACAACAACAAAAUGUUUCUGUUGGCAUCGACAAUGAUUCUCCACUGCUCUUAGAUCGAAAGCUGACUUCAUCACUCUUGAAGCCCUUCCAGUCGAUGUCAUAUGGGUACACAUCUCCCAAAUUCCACAUACAACAGCAAAAUAAUCCAAAAGUUCACACAUUUAAAAUUUUAAAUGCUACCGAUGCCAGUAUUAACUUUCGACAAGAAGAGACGACUACCCAAAUAAAGACUCCUAUAUUAAUGUGUUUUAUUUGUAAACUAUCAUUCGGAAUUACUAAAUUAUUUGUACUGCACGCAAAUAAGGAACACGGUAUAGACUUGCAAGAAUUUGAGAGAUCCUUGUUAUUACGAAGGGAAUACGCAAGUGCAAUUAUUCAAAGAAAUAUGGAUGAAAAUCCGCAGAUCUCAUUUUUGGAACCAGAUUGCGCCGAAUCAAAACACUUCCUCACCGAAACAGGAAAGAAAGCAGAUCCCCAGCUUGCGAGUUGCACAAUGCAACGUGAAAAUAUUGAUUGUAAUGAUAUGUCCUCAGAUCCUAACAAUUCACAAACAGCUCCAAAGGGUAAUGUUUCGUUGCAAUCUGUAUCUACCUCGUGUUCUGCUGUCCCAUUGCCAUCUACCUCUCAAUCAAACGAAACUAAACCCACAGGGUAUAUUGAUAACAAUGAAGUAUCGCCAAUUAAUUUUGUCAGAUCAAUAUACUCGGAGGAUAAAUCACGGACGCUUAUGCCACAAAAUCCAUUGUUAACACCUACACAAACUCCUAUGCCAAUAGACAUGUCACCAACAACGACUUCAUCAAUUCAUCCUAAAAGUGAAGAGAAACUUAUGGAGUUUUCCUCGGACAAGAAUUGCAAUGAGAGUGAGGAAGAUAACUCUUUGCUGCAACUCGAAAAAAGUGAUAUUUCAUGGGAGCAAAAAGAAAAAUCUGCAUCUGCUGCUGUUCCAAACUCUUCGGUUCAACUAAGCUCUUUGCACGCAUCUUGGUUUGUUCUUAGCGCUGAACAAAAUUCAGGCAAUGUAAAGAUGAUUAGUGAUUUUCUGCAACAACAACUAUCGGAACUACAACAACAAAAUCACUUCACAUUCCCCACGUGUAUUGAACGAUUAUCUUCUCUUAGAAAGGGUUGCCCGCUUCACACUGAUCGCAAAGGAAUCGAUUGCAAGUCAUGCGAAUUAGCGGAGCUCAAUAUUAAUAUGAAGGAGCAAAAGAAGAAUUCAACACGUAAACCCAAUGUCCCAUCUGCUAUAACACCGACAAGAAGUGCUGCCAAUAACCAGCUUCCACUUGUUCCAAAAAAUAUGGUUCCUCACAGCAAUAUGCGCCAAUGCACCAUUACAUCGGCAGCACCACCAUCAGUAACAACCAGUUUUACUAUAGGAGCAUGUUCCGAUCACAUCAAUGGUCGCCCCUUAGACGUAGAAUGCAUUCGAUGCGAAAUGAUUUUGAAUACAGCACGUCUAAAUACAAGUACACAACAAUCAACCCGUAAUUCUUGCAAAACACUAAAAUGCCCGCAAUGCAAUUGGCAUUACAAAUAUCAAGAGACUUUAGAAAUUCACAUGCGAGAAAAACAUCCUGACGGCGAGUCGGCUUGCGGUUACUGUUUGGCAGGCCAACAACACCCAAGAUUAGCAAGGGGAGAAUCAUACUCCUGCGGAUAUAAGCCAUAUCGCUGCGAAAUUUGUAAUUAUUCGACAACCACUAAAGGCAAUCUUUCCAUACACAUGCAAUCCGAUAAACAUUUGAAUAACGUCCAGGAACUAAACAGUUCACACAGUAUUGUGGCUGCGGCUACCUCCGCUAAUGGAAUUGUAAAAUUGGAUAACACUGCAACAAACUACAUACACCAAUACAACAUGAUACGCCAACAUCGUCCUCAAAUUACUCUUUCCAAUUGUGAGGGUGAAAGUAAAUCCCUUCGUUCUUCUGAGUCUGAAGCAAAGGUACUGAAGAAUGCUCCAAGCCUUAACGAAUUAGGGUUUAGACCUAAUCCGUCCUUCAGGUGUGACAUGUGUAAUUAUGAGACUGCCGUAGCCCGAAACUUGAGAAUUCAUAUGACCAGUGAUAAGCAUACGCAAAACCUAACGAUAUUGCAAAAUAACAUCAAACAAAUGCAGGCCCUGUCGGUACUUCAACAACAGCAACAACAGCACAACCAUAAACAAUUGGGUGAGCAAAUCAUAGAAAAUAUCAGUGAUCGACAAUUUUCAAAUUUGCCAUACAACCAAGAGAUAAUGAUGCACCUAUUGCACCAAAAUUCUGCAUCUACAAUAAAAUUGUGCUCCGAUAAGGAUGUGACAUUAAUUAAUACGGAAGACAAACAACAACUUGAAUUUAACUCGGGUUAUGGUGUGAUACAAGAAGAUUCUUCGGCUUUGACAUCACUUAGUAUAGAGCUCCCCUUCAGAAGAAACGACUGGCCUACAGAAUAUUUCAGUUGCUUAAUAUGUGAAAAUUUCAGCACCAAUGACAUUGAUGAACUUAACCAACACUUGACUCUUGAUCGAUCUAGUCAAUUUUCUCCAAUGGUUGAAUCCAAACAGUCAACCAAAUACAAUUUCAACGAUCGGUCAUCGCCACCUUCGUGCGUAUGGUCGGAAAUCAUGACCGUUCAAAAUAACAAUUAUAUUUGUUUCCUCUGCAAAUACAAGACCAAUCUUAGAGCAAACUUCCAGUUACACAGUAAAACCGAUAAACAUCUGCAGAAAUUAAAUUUCGUCAAUCAUCUGCGGGAGGGGGGCAUACACAACGAGAAUAAGUUAAAAUACUACCAACAGCAACACCAUCAGAAGGGAAUAUAUCCCAUGCAAAUUAAAUGCAAUUGCUGCGAUUUUUUCUCGAAUUCCAUCCAACAAUUGAAAGUACAUACAAAGAAUCCCCAUCACGACACUAUGAGAGUAACAUUCCAAUACCUAAAUGAACUAUUGCGAAAGGAAAUCAACAACACUGCUAUGGAUAAUUCGGGAGGCGACGAUAAGUCCGUGGAAGGUGCUGAGAAUCCUUACCUAGCAAGCAAAUGGAAUGGAAAGAAGGGAUUAUACUGUAAAUUGUGUAAUAUAACAUUGCAUUCCCUGAUCAAUAUGAUUCAUCACAUUAAGGCUUUGCAUUAUUUGCAAAUUGACAAUAUAAUUCGUAUGGAUGAAAACGAUGAACAGCGAUCUGAGUGUCGAUUGGAUGACAUCUUUAAGUUAUGUGACGUAGAUCAGUCGGAUAAAAAUAUCCAAAAUGGAGCCUCUCGUGACUUUAGUUUCACAUCUACAGACCCAGAAAUAAAUCAGCCGCGUACAAGCGAUGAGAAACCUUUAGAAAUUGCAGGAUACGAUUCAGCUGGAUCGAGUACAAUUGCAACUGACCAAAGAGAUGUCUGUUCAAACAUCGCAUACUUUGAUAAUGAUCAAAGUGACAUGUCAAACAUGAUUUUUCGCUGUUUUCAUUGUCCCUUUUCUGCGUAUAACAAACAUGACAUGAAACUUCACAUGGAAUUAUUGCACCAGGAUAAGGGGAAUGGAGAGCUUAUAUUUCGGUCACCAAGCAACAUCAAUUCCGUUUCUCCUGACUCUGUGGGGAAGCAAGAAGUGCUUUCAGGUGGUGAGUUUAAUGACAGCGAUUCACAAAGCUCUUUGCUAACUGCAAGCGAAAAGAGCAAUGUGAACAAGGAUGAGAAACCAGGCAAUCUAAACAUAUUUCCAGCACAAAUCCAAUGUCCCCUGUGCCAUGAUGUUUUUAUGGAUGUACAAGAGUUCGAUACUCACUUGUUGAACUUACACAGUGUCGGUAGAGAUGGGCUCAUCCGCCUUAUAAGUCAACUACGAUCUCUUGUGGCAAAAGAAACUGAUUCUAAUCAAUGUAAGGAGAAUAAGCUGGCGGUAGCGGAUAGGAGAAUUUCCAAUAGUACAAACGUAUCUGAAUCUCUGGACUCCGCGCCCGACAUAUACUGUUGCCAGCAAUGCGAUGCAGUUUUUAAGAGAGAACAACAGUUGCUCCUGCAUGCCCAGCAAAUGAAACAUUACAUAAUUAAACAAGGAGAAUAUCUUUGUUUAGCCUAUAAUGCCACACAAAAUAGCUGCGCUUUGCGCUUUCCCACUCCCGCUGCCAUGUUCACCCACUACAACGAUAAACAUAUCAAUUUAGUCAUUUCCGAGAGACAUGUUUACAAGUAUCGCUGUAAACAUUGUUCUCUUGCAUUUAAAACUCGAGAAAAGUUGUCAACGCAUCUAGUAUACCAUACGAUACGUGAUACAACAAAGUGUAGGAUAUGCAUGCGAAGCUUUCGCACGGUACAGGCUCUCGAAAGUCAUAUGGAAAUUACACAUAACGAAUCCAGAAAUGCGUUUAAAUGUAGCGAAGAUUCCGAAAUUGAAAGUAAAGUUUCACGCGAUGAAAAUAAUUUAUUCGUUGCCCCAUCUCCCGAACCAGUUCGGAAUGAAUUACAAGCAACACCAACCCAACCAGUAGAUCAAGAGAUGCCACCAACUGUGAUAACAGAACCAGUGAAAGCGCGUCCUCCGGACACAGAUGAAUUGUAUCAAAAUUAUGGCCAAAAAACCAACUCAAAUUCAGAGGACAUGAGCACACUACAUAACCUGCAGAAAAUUGCCACUGCUGCCGCUGCUUCGGGAUUUGCUCUAAACCCAGUUGAGAUGUUAAAUAUAAUUCAGUUUCACCAUCUCAUGUCUUUGAAUAUAAUGAAUUUGACUCCCCCCUUGCUAAUAAGUGGAACUAAUGCGAUCUCCACUGGACAUACAACACCAGCUGCUACAGACAGUGGACCAACAGAAAACACUCCUGCAGACCACAGAAGAACGCCACCACUGGAGAAAACACCCACGCCGGUGACAUUUGAAGGCCAGAAUACGAAAUAUAAAAAAAAUGUUUCGGUUGUUACAAACCCACAGACAUACGUGAAUCAGAAACGUGCUCGGACGCGUAUUACUAAUGAUCAACUAAGAAUUCUCCGUUCCCAUUUCGACAUUAAUAAUUCACCCAGCGAAGAAAGUAUUGCGGAAAUGUCUAGGGAGUCCAACUUGCCAAUAAAGGUUGUCAAGCAUUGGUUCCGAAACACUCUCUUUAAAGAACGCCAAAGAAAUAAAGACUCACCCUAUAACUUUAACAACCCUCCGUCAACCACAUUUAAUAUUGAAGAGUACGAACGUAAUGUACAAACCAAGUUUGAAACCGCCUCAACUGCGGAAAAUUGCCAACGUGAUUCAGUCUCACCGAUGCAAUCUUCCCAUUCGAUGGGAAGCAUUAACGAAUAUAUAAACACCCAACGAGCAGAAGGUAAAGGCAUAGGACCAGAACAUUCAUCAGCUCCAGAGGAAGAAUGCUUUUCCUCGAGAUUAGAGGCUCAAAAUAAAGCAGGGCACAUUAGCAAUUUGCCAAAAAACCACGGCAAUAUUGAACCUCAAGAGAUUUCGGAGCCAUUAAGCUCAACUAGAAAUUCUCCAAUUGCUGAAACACAAGAGUAUGGCUUACUCUCCGGAGAGCGAAAGAACAGAAUCAGCAGACAGGAUGAAGCUCAGUCGAUGAGCACAGUCACAGAACACAUUAACUUUGAAGAGAAAUCUGAAAGCAAUAGUUCAGACGCCCACUCACGACCGCAAACUCCACACAGCAUUCACACGGGGACUAUGUGCUCCAAUAUGACGGAAAGUCAGAGUCAAGAGUUAGAGGGUCUUUCUCUAAGCCAAAUGGGCCCACCAAAAAAUCACCAAACUCUCACCGCUCCCACUCAAAACACCGAUCGAGUAAUUAUCAACAAUUCAAGUAGUACAGGGCUUACCAACAACAACAGACUGUUUGAAAAGCAUUCGCGCUCGCCUCAAUAUGAUAGCAACUCCAACUCAUCCACGUCAUCCAACACGGUAGGCAAGAGAGCAAAUCGAACGCGCUUUACAGACUAUCAGAUCAAAGUGCUGCAGGAAUUCUUCGAGAACAACUCGUAUCCGAAAGAUAGUGACCUGGAAUAUUUGAGCAAGCUGUUGUUACUGUCGCCGCGAGUAAUUGUGGUAUGGUUCCAAAACGCCCGUCAAAAGCAGCGUAAAAUUUACGAAAAUCAACCGAACACCACAGUGUGUGACUCUGAGGAAAAGAAACAAAAUAUAAAUUACGCUUGCAAGAAGUGUAAUUUAGUUUUUCAGCGUUAUUACGAGUUAAUUCGUCACCAGAAAAACCACUGCUUCAAAGAGGAAAAUAACAAACGUUCUGCCAAGGCGCAAAUAGCUGCUGCUCAAAUAGCUCAAAACCUCAGUUCGGAAGAUUCCAAUUCUUCGAUAGAUAUAAAUAGCACCACCACGCCGGUCCUUUUAUCACACCAAAGCCCGUUGGCCCAAAGUCCAUCCGUCAUGACUGGAUACAACAAAAACUUGCGCCUGAACCGAUCAAUUAUCAGUGGAUUUCCAUCUAAAUCUAGCGAUGAUGUUGAUCUUCAAUUGAUGAAAUGCGGCAAGUGUCAUUUGUCAUUUUCUGAAGUGCAUCAUUUACGCCAACAUCAGUUAAUGCAUCUGUUCAAAGAUAACUUGUGUUCCACAGAAGAGCCGACGAAUAUUGAGUCAAACCCUUUUUACAGCCUACUUGAACAACUACAUCACAAGGCUGACGCAAAGCUCGCCAAACAGGUCGAUUCCAGCAACAAAUCAUAUAUUAAUAAGCGAAAAUAUUCCGAUGCUCUGUCGAAAGAAGAAGAAAAUUUUUCACUCGAUUCGUACUCUUCUAGUUUCGGAUAUCAAGCUCCGGCAAACAUGAAUAAUCUGCUCUACCAAAAUCUCAUAAGAACUGAAGAUAAAUACGAAAAUUCAGAUUUGCCCGAAAUGAACGAUGACUUUCUACGAAGUAUGGAACAAAAGAAAUUUAAAAAUUAUGAUUUUCUCAUUCAAUACUAUGAGAAAAAUGAACAAAAGAGAGAUGACAACUUCGAACUCGUCAAAAAUAAAAAGCCAAAUAUCGAGUCCUUGUGGCAGUACUACCAACUCAUGGAGUCCUACAAAUACUUUCAACUUGAAUAUCCAUCACAGUCCCUAAAUGAACGGAUGCUACCUAUGAAUGCAGCGGAACUGCUAAAGAACAAAAACAAUAGAACAUCAAGUAAUUGCAGCAGUACUGACUGUGAGGCAAUUAAUAUAGGCGAUAUUGCAAACUACAAGCUUUCAGAUUUAAUAUACAAAGACUGCGACGAUAAAACUCACAGUUCAUCGAAGUCAAAAGAGAGCGAAGAUUUGCAUCAAAAGUCUACAAGCGAUAGCCAAGAAAACAGAGUCAAACAACUGCUCGUGAAACCCUCAGAGAAAAUAGACCAACUUGAUGGUUUACUUGAAGUAAAUUCUCAAGACGCUUUCAAUGGUAGCCUAGGUGAUGAGAAAUGCAAUCGCAUUUUGAAAAACGUAGAUGCGAAUGUCAAACGCGGAAGCUGCAGCCCGUUUGCCUUCUCAUCAGAAUUAAAGUCUGUUUCGCAGGCUAUGCACCUAAUGUGUAGGUCAAAUGCAAAGAACGGUCUGUCCGAAUUUCCAAUAACAAAUAGAGUUGUAGGGACGAAAAACAAUCUAAAGAAUAACUUAUUUUGUAAUGAUCGCACUGAAAGCCCAGAAAAUAUUGACAAAAUAAUGAAUGAUGUGGAGACGAUAAAAUUUGUAAAUCAUGUGAUUCAAGUAAGUUAACCAUAGCAAUUUUCGAUAUCUAGUGGUGUUACACUCCAAAUGGAUAAUCAGUGGAUUGAGAAGUCCACAUAUAUGUAUAUACAUGCAUAUGCCUGUAUAUUUAUAUACGGAUAUAAAUAUAUAAGCAUAUAUGCUUUAAAAGCAUAUAUAUAUAAUUAAAUGGGGCCUAUGGACAAUAAAAGAUUUGUCAAUUUUUAACAAUACAUCAUAGAACAUUUUUA